AUGUUAUACGAGAAGGAAUAUAAUUGUCCUAUAACCUUCUUACAGGAUUGCCCACGUGAGGUAUCAAAAAGUGGUAUUAAAGUCACCUGGCCUCCGAGUUCACUCGCAGAAAACGUUACAUCCACACCGCUGUGCUUCAGAUAUGAACGCCUUAUUACAAGAAACUGCAAUGGAACUCAUUGGGAACCAAGGCUAGAACAAAUGCAAGCGUGUCAACAAAUAGCCAACUAUUUAGACUUUUCAAAAUGUCCUCCGGGGCAUCACCUGAUUUCAGAGAAUAGUGGUUACUGUUAUCAAAUCAACAAAGCAUCGGCUUGGAAUUAUCCUUGUUAUAAAAGUGGAAAAACUACCGUUAUAACAGAUUUAGAUGGAAGCGAAAUGAUAUCUUUAUUAACAUCAUUGAAUGCGACUAAAGAUAAAUACUUUUGGCUACCGGCUCAAAGAUCCAAACUGUUUAAUCCAGUUGUCUGGCAAGUUCCUGGUUCAAAUUGGGGACGGAAUGUGGAAACUAGUACUAAACAUAACAUGUUACAAAUGCGGGCUACUAUGUUGAACAAUUGUUUGCUUCUCAACGUCGAACAGAGUACCGUAAUAACUGAAACUUGUAGCAUGGAAUAUCCCAGUUUGUGUUUUUCCGUAAAUGAGAUUCGUUAUCCAUCGGGUUGUCCUGAUAGGUACUAUGGAUUUCAUUUUAUGCCAGAUGAUAGCACUUGUUACGGAAUCGAGGAAUCUGACGAUGAGACUGGUUUAACGUACGAUGAAUUUGUUACUACAAAGUGUCCUAAGCCUAGUCCAAGUGCAAACCAAGGUCUCCGUGGUGAGUUAACGAGAUAUGGUUUUACAAAACUAGCUACGAUAAAUGCAUUAAAUAGUUCAACAUGGUGUUGGUUUCAAAUAUUUCCUCUAGAAGACGAUGGUGAAAUGUUUGAAGUAUCUGAACUCAAAACUUCUUCGUUACAGGGAAUCAUUAAUGGAAGUGGAAUAUUGAGUUUAACAAAUACGUCAUCUAAGUUUACUUGCAUGGCUUGUGAAGUAGAAAUGAAAUUUACGGAAACGGAAUUUAUUUUUGAAUACGAUAAGAUAGGAAAUAAGAUGCACCUUACAGUUUAUUAUCCUUCAGGUUUGUGGAAAUCCGAUGAUAAUGAUAAAGGUGUUCAGUGUUUUUCUAACGCAAAGGGUUUUGUCGAAGUCAUAGAAGUUAACGACAAACCUAUUAUUCAGGUAAAGCUAUUAAGGGAAGUGAAUGAUUUUAGCGAUGUAGACAAAGUUGUGUAUGAAAUUGAUCCAGUGACAUACCGAGCAGCUCAAUAUUGGUGCGAAGGCCAUACAAAAAACUUUACAUUAGUUGCUACGGAUAAACUAAUCGUAAACCCUAACUGUAACGAAGAACAUGUAUUUGCCCUUGUUCUCGAAAAGUAUAACGUUGCAUAUGACACGGAAGAACCCGACAUGACCAAUUUAAUUUCAAUCAUUACCGAAAUAUUUCAUGCUAACAAAGUUUUAGUAAUGGAUAUAUUGGAAUUUUCUAUCGAGCAUAUGGUACUUUUAAUGCAUUUGCAUGUAGCAAUUAUUGACAUUUACGAUGACAAAGCCAGUAAUAUCCUACAAACUUUUCUCACAUUAAAAGAAAAAGCAGAAAUAGAGCUUCCUAAAAACAAUUAUACCUUUGUGAAUAUUUCUAGUUCAAUCUAUUGUUUACCUACCACUAGUGACGACAUUUUUGGGUUAGAUUGGGAUCUAACACGUAUUGGACAGAUUGCCGCUCCUCAACAGUUCUGUUUGCAAGCUAAUGGUCUGCCAGUAAAAAGGCUUUGUUUAGGAUCUUAUUUGUUUGGAGGUACAUGGGGUGACGUUGAAGGACUAUGUGAUAGUACUUAUGAACCAUCUUGGACAACCAAAUUCUUAUUUGACUUCAUGAAAGGUAAUAUACCUGAUAAUUAUACAAUCAAUUUUUUAACCAAUGGGCUUGGAGCAGUGCUCGGAAAUGUAGAUAAUAUAAUCCCCGCUGAUUUAUAUUACUUGUCGAUGUCAUUACAGUAUGUGUUAUAUUUAGCUGAAAACAAUAAGUCUGUUGAUCUAGGAGAUAUAGAUAAUGCGGCAUGGGUGAUGGACAGAGUGAUGUCAGUGGAUCAGGGUUAUUUACUUUUAUCCCAAACCCUUAAUUCAACUAAUGUCAUAUUAGAUUCAGUAAAUGAUAUAAUUGAACAUUUAGUCGAAGAAGAAAAGGGAAAGGAAAGUACUUAUUUUCUAGCAGUCAAACCACAGUUUGUGGUACAAAUUUCGUAUCCUAGACAAAGCAAUGUUACAGGUAUAGCAAUAAUUAAUAAUGCGUGCUCAAAUGAUUUUACUGAAAUGGUAAUUAAACCUUUAUUUAAGAACACAACAUUGAGCGAUGUGCUUGCUAUUAAAAAUUUAGAGGUUGCUACAUGGAUUCCAGAUCAGAUUAUUGAGUCUGUGAAAUCUAUCUCUAAUGACACAUCUAACGUCUUGAAUAAAGAUAAUGAACUCUUUGUUGUAAUAAAUGUAUUUUACAACGAUGUAAUGUUUCCAGAAAAUGGAUUAAAAAAAUAUGAAAUGAACAGUCGAGUUAUUGGUAUAUCCAUUCCUGGGUACUCGUCUAAUUUGGAGCACCCCGUGCCUCUAGUGUUUAAAGAAAUAACAUCUGGUUAUGAGGGUAAAAAAAUCUGUGGAUAUUGGAAUUUUGAAGCAGACAAUACUAGAGACCUACCAGGUUUCUGGGCCAAGAAAGGAUGUUUACCCUAUAAGUCUACUAAUAACAUAACAGUUUGUGAAUGUUAUCAUUUAACUCAUUUUGGUCAACUAAUUAAUGCGGGCGUUAGUUCAGUAAAUCAAGAGGUUCAAGCACAUCACAAAAAGGUUUUGAAUAUUAUAACAUUGGUUGGAAGCUUUAUUUCUUUAGUAGGUAUAGUAGGAAUAUGGAUAACAGCAUCAGUUUUUUCUGCUUGGAGGCAAAAAGCAGGUACAAAAGUUCUACUACAUUUAUCAAGUGCAAUUGCUUUGCCUUUAAUAUUUAUUAUAAUAUUUAAUCUAGAUACGAGCAUAAUCGUUUACGAAAAAGGUAUUUACAAAGUUGCUGAGCACAAGGAGGUAGUGUGUAUAAUACUUGGUGCUUUAAUGCACUAUUCUAUCCUGGCAAGUUUCAUGUGGAUGUUUAUAACAGCAGCCUUACAAUUUGUUAGAUAUGUGCGAGUCUUAGGAGUAUGCAGACCAUCAAGAUUUAUGAUGAAAUGUACUGCAUUAGGUUGGGGUUUGCCUUUUAUACCAAUAAUAGUAAUUUUAUUACUUGAUUCAGAUAAUUAUAUUCCAGAAUCAACUGAAUCCGAGACGGGUAAAUACCUAAUUUGCUAUCCUAGAGGCUUUAAUCUAAUCAUGAGUGUAAUUGUUCCAAUCUGCAUAAUACUUGCAACAAAUAUUAUCCUUUUUGCUAUAAUUUUGUACUCUAUAUACAGGGGCCCUGACGGAAAAAUGAGAACUACAGAUAUCGAUCUUAUAGGUGCUCAGUUCAGACUAUCUAUAUUUCUUUUCUUUUUGUUGGGGCUAACUUGGAUAUUUGGUAUUUUAUCAUUUACAAGUAAUUUCUUGUGGUCGUAUUUGUUCUGUUUGACAUCAACUUUACAAGGCUUUGUAUUAUUUGUGUAUUUCGUGGUUUGUGAUCCGAAUACAAGGAAUAUGUGGAUUUCCCUAAUGACACCUAACCGUACAAAUACAUACAGGCCGAGAGAAAGUAUUACAAGUAUCAGCAGCGGUUAGUGUUUUUG